ACGAAGCUGGAACGCGACCCCCAGUCAGUCCAGUCGAGAUUUUGCUGCUGCGAGCCCUGGGUUGGCACCGAAGCGCUUUGCACGAGCGAGUCAGAGCACAGUCAGCCAGCAAGUGAGUUGCUGCUGCUACGUCUGCUAGAGGUGCAACUUAGCCCGCGCUACAGAUCACUGGCAAGGGGACGGGGUGAGUGCCGUGGUGAAAUGAAACCAUUGCAGUGAAGGGAAGUUCGGAGAAAUAUUGGUUGGAAGUGUUGUGUUUUGACGGUGUGGUGUGACUCAUUGAGAAGCGGAUAGGGAAUGUAAGCCUCAUACACACGAUCGAUAGAAGUUUAUAUAGCCCGUCGUCCCUGCGCAUCCUCGCGUCAAGGUAGAUUCUUGUUGUUUUUUUACUCUGUCGUGGCCUGGCUUGUUUUGUUUUUGUGUACUGAAAGUUUCAGUUUAUUCGAUGCAUUGAGGUUAUCAAUUUGUUCAGUGGUCACACGCGUACCGAGACAGGAUGCGACAGUCAUAAUGCUGGAUUUCUUACAUGUGUUUUCGUGAAAGUGUGGAGCGUCUCGACACUGUUGGAGUACUAUCAGACGGAGCGUGCUUCAUGCCCACAUCGCAACAACCACCACGGCUCGCCAGCAGCUCCAUGUGAUGUGAUCCGACUCACCCGUUAUAUUUAGCUCAUCCUACUGGUGCUUCCAUCCAACAAGAGGCAGACACUUCUACAGUCUGCACCUCGGAGCCGGUAAGUGAAGGACACGCAGUGCGUGGUCCCACAAAACCAUCCAUUUCUGUAGCGAAUUCUGUCUCUUUCGACUGCAAGAUGUUACCGUGUGUGUGAUAAGAUCAUGUGUGUGUAUAUCCCUGAGUGUAGUGGAUUUGUGGGUUAGUUGGUCUGUGCCACUCUUCCCGGCGGUUUUGUUACAGCUGCAAGAGACGCGAUUGAGUGUGUUUGUGUAAAGUUUAUAACACCAUCAGUUGCUGGUAAAAUUCCCAUGGAGUAAAAAGCAAGUGGGAUGGACCCUCACACGGAGCCAUAAAACCAACAGACGAAGCUACUAACGAACAAAUGGCGCUGCGACUCUUUCCAACUUCAGAUUACACUUUCCACGAAUUCGAACCGAGAGAAAUUUCCUUUAGAACUUGAAAAAGUUCUUCGGUUUUUUCUCUCUCGAACGCUCUUCAUCCUUUCGAAGUCACUUAUUGGUGAUCGACUCCAUUCCAACAUGGGCGGCGCAUCUCGGGCCAUGGCGCGGGUGUUCAGGCUCCUGGUGUUGCUGAUGGCCGCGGUGGAGCCCCUCGUAGGUGUGGAGCAGAGGUUCGCCAUGGAACCUCAAGAUCAGACGGCCAUCGUCGGCAGCCGCGUCACGCUGCCGUGUCGUAUCAUCAACAAGACGGGAGUGCUCCAGUGGACUAAGGACGACUUCGGUCUGGGCACACACAGGAAUCUCUCCGGCUUCGAUCGCUACUCGAUGAUCGGGAGUGAUGAGGAAGGAGACUUCUCCCUGGAUAUCUUCCCCGUGAUGCUGGAUGACGACGCUCGGUACCAGUGUCAGGUGGGCCCCGGACUCGCUGGAGAGCCUGGAAUCCGGUCCAAGUUCGCGACCCUCACAGUUCUUGUACCUCCUGAGCCUCCUAGAAUAGUGCAAGGGGAUUUUCUUGUGACGACUGAAGACAGAGAGAUCGAGUUAGAAUGUGUGUCUUUAGCCGGAAAGCCAGCGGCAGAGAUCACGUGGAUUGACGGGCUAGGCAACGUGCUGGGCAACGGCUUGGAGUACAUCGUGGAAGCCCUCCCGGACGGCAGGCGCUUCACGGCCAAGUCCAUCCUGAAGCUGACGCCUAAGAAGGAGCACCACAACACCUCCUUCACCUGUCAAGCACAGAACACGGCGGACCGCACAUACCGUAGUGCACGACUAAGGCUCGAGGUGAAGUACGCGCCCAAAGUGGCCCUGAGCAUAGUCAGCGGACUGGGGCCCUCAGGGCGGCUGACGGAAGGCGCGGAUGUGCGUCUCGCUUGUAAAGCCGAUGCCAAUCCUCUGGAUCUUACGUAUCGGUGGUACAUCAACGAUGAGCUGGUUCCAGGAGACUACACGACGGAGCUGAUGAUCCCUAAUAUCACGAGGAAAUACCACGAUGCGAUCGUGAAAUGCGAGGUUCACAAUCCGGUGGGAAAAAGCGAGGAGUCGGAGACCCUGGACAUUAGCUAUGGUCCAAGGUUUCGCACUCGACCUCGAAGUAUCCAGGCAGACCUCGGCACGACCAUCACAUUGUCCUGUGACGUAGACGGAAAUCCACCUGCAGAGAUAGAGUGGAUCCACGACGACACAGCAAAGGUGGUUGGCACAUCUGCAAACUUGACGCUGGACGUGGAUGCCAACACUGCAGGGCGGUACUAUUGCAAAGCUAGCGUAAUGGGCUUCCCCGAGGUGGGGGCUGAAGCAGCCAUUUACCUUAAGGGACCGCCAUCCAUCGUCAGCCACAGGACGCAGUUCGGCAUUCAGGGCGACAACGUGCGCCUUGAAUGUGUGGCUUUCUCCAUCCCGAAACCAGAGCACGUCAUGUGGACCUACAAGGGCAAUGAGGUGGAUGCCGAUGACAAGGAUUAUACAAUCCUAGAGGACCCCUUGCCCGAAGGAAUCAAGAGCACACUUGUGAUUCGAGAGUCACAGCAACAGCAUUUUGGAGCUUACAACUGCUCUGUCACAAACCCAUAUGGAAGCGAUGUGGUAGAGAUCAACCUCAAACCUCAGAAAACUUUUCCUCUACUCAUGAUCCUAACAGGUGUUAUUGGAGGGGUAAUAGUCAUCAUAGCUAUUGCCAUGGUGAUAAUUCUUUGCCAGAGGAGAGAAAAGAAACCAGAAGACUGCAGGGAAGCAGAGAAACAAUGCAAAGAAUCGGACAGGUCCUCCAACAUCUCAGACUUGAAGAUGGAGUUACGGACUGGCUCAUCCGUAAGCAAUGUCCACUGUGAACUUGAGUAUGGACCUGAUUCAGAGACUGGAAGUGAAAGCGUUGUUACAAGAGUUGGAGUACCUCUUGCAGGGCCUGUACCUAUGCCGGUCAAUGGUGGAGAGCACAUAUACCGAUACUCAGCAGAGUUUACAGAUCCUGUAUUUCCUCCCAAAGAUGGACAAAACAAUAAUGGUUAUGUGCCCUAUGUGGACUAUACACGAGACUACAACCCACCACCACCCAUUGAAAGCAGCCGAGAAUCGCUGUCAGCUGUGACAAGUGUGGCAAGUGUAACAGGGGUACCAAGCAUAGACCCACGUUAUUCUGCAGUGUAUGGAAACCCAUACUUGCGAAAUCCCAACACAUCAUUGCCACCAGCUCCAACGCAUGCCAUUGGCACACCUGCACCCCCACCGUACUCUGCAGCAACUAGGAAUGGGGCUGUCCCACAAGUGGCCAGGCUACCCAAUUCUCCAACAUCACAAUACAUUGUGCCCACCUCACAGCCAGCAACCAUGAAACGGGGAACUCUUGCCACGCAUGUAUAAUAAUUGCCAGGAUACUUCUGCCCAAAAGGUGUUCUCUGUAGCAAUGCCGUAUACACUAAUAUAACUUCCAGGGUAAAUACACUAGAGGGAUUAAAAGAAGUUGAAGCAAUCUGAAGCUCAUCUGUACAUACCCAUAAGAAUUUAGCUUUUCAUAAGUGCGUGUAUAGUGAAGAGUUGGAAGCCUUAUGAGGAUAUUUCCGUUAUAUUUAAGCAAUUAGUGGGAUACUACAAUCACCAGAGCUUCCAGUUUUGAUCAGUGCAUAGGUCACAUAACAUACCAAAGACAUUGCUUAAUUCACCACUUGUGUGAAGACAAGCCUUGCAGCAUGAAGUGGACAACCGACGCAAAUUUUGGGUCCUGCAUUUUCUUUCCAUGAAAGAUGGUGAACAACAGACUAGUCAAAUUAAAAACUGGCUUACAGAAGCUGGUUUCACAUUUCAACUGGGGUGGCAUAGGCUUAGAAGAGAUCCAGAAAUGUUGUGCAGUGUCCUUACCAGGGGAUGGAUUCCCUACUGAGUGGCCAUGAAGGAACUGCCACGGAAGACUUGAACAACGCAAACCCAACGACUUGUGCAUGCUCAUCCAGUUUUGUUAAUGUAUAAACUUAAGUGGCUUUCAUUGCUCUACUUUCUUCCAACUGCUGCUGAACGUUCCCUUAUCAUGAAAAGAUUAUAUCUUAACUGUGAUUAAAACUACUUUCAAUGUAUUUGCUAAAGAAAUCUGUCUUUUUGGAAUGUUUUGUGUUCCAAAAAUUCACUAUUUGAUGUUACAAAAAAGUGAGAAAUUCAAAACAAAUCAGGCCUAAAUGACUCAGCUUUUGGACAGAAUUUUUACAAAAUCGAUGUUCAUUUUAGACUGGUCUGUUAUACUAGAUGCCAGAUGGCUUUAGUUGACUUUAUACUCCAUGUCAAUUCAUGCCAGGGCUGUAGGGAAGGGAGGAGUCUUGUGCAGCCCUAUCUUCUCAAAAUGUCCAGUGUCAAGGUGUGAUAGUUUCAUUGCAUCAUGUUCUUAACUUACGGUUGGUAUUUUUAUAUUGUAGUUGGCAGGCAGCUACCAAGUUGACUGUAGUAAAAACCCGUCCCUUCUGCUAAUGUCCAACCACUAAGAUAUAAUAUUGUUGCGCUGCCGCCCGGGCCAGUUCCGUGUUGGUUCAGUCUUUGUUUGGCAUCUGUAUUGUUGACAUAAUACUCAGGCAUUUUCCAUUGUUACUGGGUCUCUCUGUAUUUAACGGUCUCAUACUGCACUGAAUCAAAGUGCUAUAUUAAGCACUGAUAAUACUGACAAUGAACUUGUGGGAUGUUAAUGAGGAGGUUUUUAAAUAUUUACAAAUGGUAAUGUGUUCCAUGUUAUUAAUUAUUCAUUUCCAGUAGGAGACAAGAAGAUAACAAAAUCUGAGAUGUAAUAUCUCUGUGGCACAGAGAAUUUAAACGCAGAAAUUAAUUUUUAUAUUAUCAUCUUCCUUACAUUUAAACAUUACUUUCAGUAAGGAACAUACAGAUAGCACAAAUAAAUACUUUUCUCCCCAUACUGAUCUAUAGUACAGUUUCCGUGAUCUCAUUUCCCAACAUAGAUGGUCUAAAUGAUAUAAAAGCAUCAUUACUUCAUCAUAUGCCUGAUUUUAUGGAUGAAGCAACCAUCCCAACCCUUCCCAGUAACAAACUUUAUAAACAGGCCUGUAAACAACCAACCAUACAAAUGCCUAUUGUUUAAAAGUAGUGAGUGGUGAUGCUAUAAGACAAUGUACUAUCACAGCAGAGUGUAUUCAUUCUGAACUAUGUGGUGAAUAUUGAAAGACCGUGCAGUGUGCACCAACGAACAUAAAUUUAAGUUACGUUUGAUGUUGAGUGAAGCCUGCCUUAGUACUGAGUGAUAUUGAUGAGUGUCUGGGCCUAAUUGUUUUUAUAUAGCUAUAUAUAUAUAUAUAUUUGCCAAGAUUGUGUACAUUUUAAUAAGUUGAACAUAAUGCAAGUUUGACUACAAAGUCAUUGAACUGAUGAAAAGAAGCUGCCAGCGAUCUCUUUUAAUGUCUCAUAAUUAUGUAAUGUAAAUUCCCAUUGAAGAUAUUUCUUUCAAGCACUAGACUGUUUGGAUGUUUUACGAAGUUCUACAGUAAGUUGCCGCAUACUUAAAAGUAUGUUCUCCUGCUAGUAUGCAAUGUGGCACUUAGGAAUGCUACCAGUGCUGAGUGUCAUAUGGCAAAUGUCAAAUUGUUAUUAUUUAGAUGUAUAUCUAAGCAUCUGGAAGAAAAAAGAUAAAAAGAUUGCCUACGGCCCUGAUUCAUUCCAAUGUGUGUAGAGUCUUCUUCCGUUUCUAUCGCAAUUCGCUCAACAUCGUCAUUUUCUUACACACUUUUGGAUUUCAAAAAAGGAAACUUUCCUAAUAAAGCAAUAUCAGAUUU